UUUUCUAUUCCUAAUGAUCCCGAGAAGAAAAGGGUGUUUGUCUCUUUAUUAGCGGAAAGAUUCAGAGGCUUUAAGACCAAGUUGACUAAUCGGUGGAUCCACAAGAAGAAGAAGGUGCAAACAAAGAAGAAGAAUGCCAAAGAGGAUGACCGUCUCCCGUGGCAAAUAUGGCCGACCGUGUCAAAAGAUGAUUGGGAAGAGUUCGUUAGAAUGAAGAGUCAAAAGAAAGCCAUUGAACUUCGAGAGCAAAAUCAAGCGAAUGCAGAAAAGAAGGAAUACGUCCAUCGUAUGGGUCCUAAGACUUUUGCUGAAAAGAGACCUGAGUGGGCCGCUUCGGGUUUAUACCCUAAAGCGCUUCUAGUGGCAUCGAAGGAACCCUCUAGUUCCACGAUCACUACAUUGGUGAGUCGUGCCGGUGAUUUAUUUUUUUCUCUCCAUUCGUUUGAUAAGAAAACCGGAAAAUGGUUCAUCAAGGGUCCGGAAGCCAAAAAACUGGCGGAUAAGCUUCUUGAGCACACUCAAGAGAUGGUGGAGGGCAAAUUUGAACCAAGUGUGGAGAAUGACCCUUUCACCAUGGCUUUGGGAAGGCCAUACCAUCCAGGACGAGUAGUAGGUUCGGGAGGGUCAUUGCUUGGAUGGAAUAAGGUGAUGUGUCCCGAAUACACAAAAUAGGGUAGAUCUCAAGCCAGUGUUAACUCACCGGGGGAGUUGGAAGCCAAGGUGGCAUCAAUUAAGGAAAAAGUACGCAACGAGUUAGUUGGUGAAUUGAAUGCUUGGGCGAAGCUGAUGAACUUACCGGCUUUGCCGUUCCUCACUAGUACCCCGGUUGAAUCAUGUUCUGAACCAAAAGGACAAGGAGAAGGUGGUAGACAUGGAGGAGAUGAGAUACGUGGUGAAGAUGUGCCACCUGAGGUUCCUACUCCUACACAUAAGGACUCGAGGGAGCUUGAAAAUUCAACACCGCAUGAAUUACCAGAGUUACAGGAAGACACCCGGUGUGCACUUCUAGCCCCGGGGCAUGCAAAUAGUACCGCGUUGAGUUUGGUGGCGUAUGGUAGUGCCCAACCGACGACGGGUGCUACGGCAGGGCCACAUCAUUACUCGGUUGGGAUCGAUUCAGUGGUUGCGGGGUUUGAAGACAUCCCACUACCCGUACCGAUAGAGGAGGUUAAGAUAACAAUGCUUUGGCAAGCUGUAGGUAGCUUUGUUGAUUGGCCACGUGCAUGGGUGAAGUUGAUUAAUAAGGAGAUAAAUUAUUUACUUACUUGCCUAUUUUCUUCAUUUCUCAACUUAUAAACUCCUUGCAUCUCAAAACA